AUGUACAACAACGACAGACCGUUACCUAAGCCACCAGCGCUGAGGCACCCAUCGUCAUUUACACCAUAUGAAGCAGGCCCGGGUAACGACGCUAUGCCGGACGAGGCUCUCCCCCAAUAUGCGGAACAACCCGCAGCUGCUGAACAAAUCUUGGACGAAGCAGCAGGAGCGACGGCCGAUGGGCGCAUCGACGUAAAUCUCGAUUCUAAACUUUGCAGAACCCUCUCCCUGCUUGUUGAACGUAAUGGGCCUAAGCAGCUAAAUUUCGACCGGCCUGUUAGCAUUGCACCUCCCGCCUAUACUGAGCAGACCGAAUGGAAUAUUCGUUUGAACAUUGUCAUUCAAGUUGUCGGUAGUCGAGGAGACGUUCAACCUUUCGUCGCGCUCGGUAACGAGCUCCAACGCCAAGGUCACAGAGUUCGCCUCGCUACUCACGAUACCUUUGCCGACUUUGUACUUAAAUCCGGCCUCGAGUUCUAUCCUAUUGGCGGUGAUCCGACCGAGUUAAUGGCGUAUAUGGUUAAAAACCCCGGUCUAAUCCCUUCUAUAAAGAGCCUCCGUGCUGGUGACAUCCAGAAGAAACGUCUUAUGAUUGCUGAGAUGCUGGAAGGCUGUUGGCGGUCAUGUGUUGAGCCUGAUCCUCUGAACCAACAGCCGUUUGUUGCCGACGCCAUUAUUGCGAACCCGCCAAGCUUCGCCCACGUUCAUUGCGCUCAAGCGCUCGGUAUCCCACUACAUCUCAUGUUCACUAUGCCCUGGAGCAGUACGAAGCACUUUUGUCACCCUUUGGCCAACAUCAAUGCUAACAAUAGUGGUAUCUCGACUGCCGUCGCUAACCAAAUUUCGUAUAUGGCUGUUGAAUGGAUGACAUGGCAAGGACUCGGCGAUAUCAUCAAUACAUGGAGGCAAAGCCUGGAUUUAGAGGACAUCCCUUUUUCUGAAGGCGCUGGCUUGCUUGAGACACUGCAGAUCCCUUUCACUUAUUGCUGGUCCCCAGCACUCAUUCCGAAGCCUCUCGAUUGGCCGGAUUACAUUGACGUGUGCGGCUUCUUCUUCCGCGACGCACCACAGUAUAUCCCCGAUUCUGACCUUGGAGCCUUUUUACGCGAUGGAGCUCCACCUAUAUACAUUGGCUUUGGAAGCAUUGUUAUUGACGACGCUGAUAAGCUGACGGCCAUACUGGUAGAUGCUGUGAAAGCGACAGGCGUUCGCGCAAUCAUCUCCAAAGGAUGGAGUAAGUUGGGCGCUAAUCAGCCAGCCGAUAGGGACAUCUUCUAUCUUGGAGACUGCCCGCAUGAAUGGCUGUUCCAACAAGUCACAGCUGUUAUCCAUCAUGGCGGAGCUGGGACGACCGCAUGUGGGUUACUUAAUGGAAAACCAACGGCCAUUGUGCCCUUCUUUGGCGACCAACCCUUCUGGGGCACCAUGGUCCAUGCUGCAGGUGCAGGCCCCAUGCCGAUCCCUCAAAAGAUUCUUAAUAGUCAAAACCUCAGUCAAGCCAUCAGGGAUUGUUUGACUCCCGGUGCGCUGGCGGCUGCAAGAGGCAUGGCAGAGAAGAUGCGACAAGAAAACGGAGUCAGACAGGCUGUUAACUCUUUUCACGCCAAUCUUCCCCUGGAUAAAAUGCGUUGCGAUAUUAUUCCUGGAUUGCCGGCUGCUUGGUCUUACAAAACGGGGUCGCAGCAUCUCAAACUUUCGAAAGCGGCGGCAGAGAUUUUAACAGAUAGCGGCAGGGUCAAAUGGGUCGACCUUAAGCGUUACGAGUCUCAGCCCAUAGACAUACAGCGCAGAAGGUGGGAUCCCCUCACGGCUGUCAUCUCGUCGGGGUUCAAGAUGUAUGCUGGCAUGUUGGCCUCAGCAGCAGACAUUGUUAUCAAGCCAGCACAGGUAUUGAUGGCAGAGAGACCUAACACUGGAGACCCAAAACUGAUUGGGAAUUCGAACACACAAGCAUUAGAAGACCCAGUAUACGGUAGAUAUGCUGCGCUUGACCUGCCUUCUGGCAAUCAGAACAGGAGGAACCACAAAAGCCGCGCAGGUGCUGCCGUUGCUGGAUCUGCCGGUGCUUUCGGCGGAUUCUUCAAGGCCGUCACAAAGGGCGUCUACCUUGAUAUACCGCACGCACUUGAGGAGGGUAUGCGCGUUGCUCCACGACUGUAUGGUGGUGAGGUGUAUGACCCUGGUCCUGUGACAGAUUGGAAAUCAGGGGGUAUCGCUGCGGGGAAGAAUUUCAGCCACGGAAUUUUAGAGGGAGUCGGUGGGCUGGUCAUGUCACCUGUGCGAGGUGCGAAGAAGGAAGGAGCAGUAGGCGCAGCCAAGGGUGUGGGAAUCGGAGUCCUCAACCUCACCACAAAGGUAUCAUCAGGAACCCUAGGGCUACUCACGUUUACUAGCCAGGGCGCCUACAAGAGUGUGCGUGCUUCCAUGCGGAAGGAUACGCGAAAAACCAUCAAGCAGUCAAGGCGGGCCGAAGGCAUCGCCAUCGUGCGAGAGGGCAAACAGCGUGUCGAUGCAGGAACGUUACCAACUAAUACUACAUCUGUCCUCAAACAGGGUCCCGGGUCCAAAUCUCUGGCCGUUUCCUUCCAGGCCGGAACCCUCGCUUAG